AUGACUGCGUGGAGGAGAUUCCAGUCGCUGCUCCUGCUUCUCGGGCUGCUGGUGCUGUGCGCGAGGCUCCUCACUGCAGCGAAGGGUCAGAACUGUGGAGGCUUAGUCCAGGGUCCCAAUGGUACUAUUGAGAGCCCAGGGUUUCCUCACGGGUAUCCGAACUACGCCAACUGCACCUGGAUCAUCAUCACGGGCGAGCGCAAUAGGAUACAGUUGUCCUUCCAUACCUUUGCUCUUGAAGAAGAUUUUGAUAUUUUAUCAGUUUAUGAUGGACAGCCUCAACAAGGGAAUUUAAAAGUGAGAUUAUCGGGAUUUCAGCUGCCCUCGUCUAUAGUGAGUACAGGAUCUAUCCUCACUCUGUGGUUCACGACAGACUUCGCUGUGAGUGCCCAAGGUUUUAAAGCAUUAUAUGAAGUUUUACCUAGCCACACUUGUGGAAAUCCUGGAGAAAUCCUGAAAGGUGUUCUCCACGGAACGAGAUUCAACAUAGGAGACAAAAUCCGAUACAGCUGCCUCUCUGGCUACAUCUUGGAAGGCCAUGCCAUCCUGACCUGCAUUGUUAGCCCAGGAAAUGGUGCAUCGUGGGACUUCCCAGCUCCCUUUUGCAGAGCUGAGGGAGCCUGCGGAGGAACCUUACGUGGGACCAGCAGCUCCAUCUCCAGCCCGCACUUCCCUUCAGAGUACGAGAACAACGCAGACUGCACCUGGACCAUUCUGGCUGAGCCCGGGGACACCAUUGCUCUGGUCUUCACUGACUUUCAGCUGGAAGAAGGAUAUGAUUUCUUAGAGAUCAGUGGCACGGAAGCUCCAUCCAUAUGGCUAACUGGCAUGAACCUCCCCUCUCCAGUUAUCAGUAGCAAGAAUUGGCUACGACUCCAUUUCACCUCUGACAGCAACCAUCGACGCAAAGGAUUUAAUGCUCAGUUCCAAGUGAAAAAGGCGAUUGAGUUGAAGUCAAGAGGAGUCAAGAUGCUGCCCAGCAAGGACGGAAGCCAUAAAAACUCUGUCCUGAGCCAAGGAGGUGUUGCAUUGGUCUCUGACAUGUGUCCAGAUCCUGGGAUUCCAGAAAAUGGUAGAAGAGCAGGUUCUGACUUCAGGGUUGGUGCAAAUGUACAGUUUUCUUGUGAGGACAAUUACGUGCUCCAGGGAUCUAAAAGCAUCACCUGUCAGAGAGUUACAGAGACGCUCGCCGCUUGGAGUGACCACCGGCCCAUCUGCCGAGCUAGAACAUGUGGAUCCAAUCUGCGUGGGCCCAGCGGCGUCAUCACCUCCCCGAAUUACCCGGUUCAGUAUGAAGAUAACGCACACUGCGUGUGGGUCAUCACCACUGCCGACCCGGACAAGGUCAUCAAACUUGCCUUUGAAGAAUUUGAGCUGGAGCGGGGCUAUGACACCCUGACGGUUGGUGAUGCUGGGAAGGUGGGAGACACCAGAUCGGUCUUGUAUGUGCUCACGGGAUCCAGUGUUCCUGACCUCAUCGUGAGCAUGAGCAACCAGAUGUGGCUACAUCUGCAGUCGGAUGAUAGCAUUGGCUCACCUGGGUUUAAAGCUGUUUACCAAGAAAUUGAAAAGGGAGGGUGUGGGGAUCCUGGAAUCCCCGCCUACGGGAAGCGGACGGGCAGCAGUUUCCUCCAUGGAGACACACUCACCUUUGAAUGCCCGGCGGCCUUUGAGUUGGUGGGGGAGAGAGUUAUCACCUGUCAGCAGAACAAUCAGUGGUCUGGCAACAAGCCCAGCUGUGUAUUUUCAUGUUUCUUCAACUUUACGGCAUCAUCUGGGAUUAUUCUCUCACCAAAUUAUCCAGAGGAAUAUGGGAACAACAUGAACUGUGUCUGGUUGAUUAUCUCGGAGCCAGGAAGUCGAAUUCACCUAAUCUUUAAUGAUUUUGAUGUGGAGCCUCAAUUUGACUUUCUUGCGGUCAAGGAUGAUGGCAUUUCUGACAUAACUGUCCUGGGUACUUUUUCUGGCAAUGAAGUGCCUUCCCAGCUGGCCAGCAGUGGACAUAUAGUUCGCUUGGAAUUUCAGUCUGACCAUUCCACUACUGGCAGAGGGUUCAACAUCACUUACACCACAUUUGGUCAGAAUGAGUGCCACGAUCCUGGCAUUCCUAUAAACGGGCGGCGUUUUGGUGACAGGUUUCUACUCGGGAGCUCGGUUUCUUUCCACUGUGACGAUGGCUUUGUCAAGACCCAGGGAUCCGAGUCCAUCACCUGCAUCCUGCAAGACGGGAACGUGGUCUGGAGCUCCACUGUGCCCCGCUGUGAAGCUCCAUGUGGUGGACAUCUGACAGCAUCCAGCGGAGUCAUUUUGCCUCCUGGAUGGCCAGGGUAUUAUAAGGAUUCUUUAAAUUGUGAAUGGAUUAUUGAAGCAAAACCAGGCCACUCUAUCAAAAUAACUUUCGAUAGAUUUCAGACAGAGGUCAAUUAUGACACCUUGGAGGUCAGAGAUGGGCCAGCCAGUUCAUCCCCGCUGAUCGGCGAGUACCACGGCACCCAGGCACCCCAGUUUCUCAUCAGCACCGGGAAUUUCAUGUACCUGCUCUUCACCACUGACAACAGCCGCUCCAGCAUCGGCUUCCUCAUCCACUAUGAGAGUGUGACGGUAGAGUCAGACUCCUGUCUGGACCCGGGCAUUCCUGUGAAUGGCCAUCGCCACGGCAGCGACUUUGGCAUCAGAUCCACAGUAACGUUCAGCUGUGACCCGGGGUACACGCUAAGUGACGACGAGCCCCUCAUCUGUGAGAGGAACCACCAGUGGAACCACGCCUUGCCCAGCUGUGAUGCCCUGUGUGGAGGCUACAUCCAUGGAAAGAGUGGAACAGUCCUUUCUCCUGGGUUUCCAGAUUUUUAUCCGAACUCUCUAAACUGCACGUGGACCAUUGAAGUGUCUCAUGGAAAAGGAGUUCAGAUGAUCUUUCACACCUUUCAUCUUGAGAGUUCCCACGACUAUUUACUGAUCACAGAGGAUGGAAGUUUUUCCGAGCCCGUCGCCAGGCUCACUGGGUCUGUGUUACCUCAUACGAUCAAGGCGGGCUUGUUUGGAAACUUCACUGCCCAGCUUCGGUUUAUAUCGGACUUCUCCAUUUCAUACGAGGGCUUCAACAUCACGUUUUCAGAGUACGACCUGGAGCCGUGUGAUGAUCCUGGAGUCCCUGCCUUCAGCCGAAGAAUUGGUUUUCACUUUGGUGUGGGAGACUCUCUGACGUUUUCCUGCUUCCCGGGAUAUCGCUUAGAAGGUGCAACCAAGCUUACCUGCCUGGGUGGGGGCCGCCGUGUGUGGAGUGCACCUCUGCCAAGGUGUGUGGCUGAAUGUGGAGCAAGUGUCAAAGGAAAUGAAGGAACAUUACUGUCUCCAAAUUUUCCAUCCAAUUAUGAUAAUAACCAUGAGUGUAUCUAUAAAAUAGAAACAGAAGCCGGCAAGGGUAUUCACCUCCGCACACGAAGCUUCCAGCUGUUUGAAGGAGAUACUCUAAAGGUCUACGAUGGAAAAGACAGUUCCUCACGUCCACUGGGCACCUUCACUAAAAAUGAACUGCUGAGGCUGAUCCUAAACAGCACGUCCAAUCACCUGUGGCUGGAGUUCAACACCAACGGAUCUGACACCGACCAAGGUUUUCAACUCACCUAUACCAGUUUUGAUUUGGUAAAAUGUGAGGAUCCAGGCAUCCCUAACUAUGGCUAUAGGAUUCGUGAUGAAGGCCACUUUACUGACACUGUAGUUCUGUACAGUUGCAACCCGGGGUACGCCAUGCAUGGCAGCAACACCCUGACCUGUUUGAGUGGAGACAGGAGAGUGUGGGACAAACCGCUACCUUCGUGCAUAGCGGAAUGUGGUGGUCAGAUCCAUGCAGCCACAUCAGGACGAAUAUUGUCCCCUGGCUAUCCAGCUCCUUAUGACAACAACCUCCACUGCACCUGGAUUAUAGAGGCAGACCCAGGAAAGACCAUUAGCCUCCAUUUCAUUGUUUUCGACACGGAGAUGGCUCAUGACAUCCUCAAGGUCUGGGACGGGCCGGUGGACAGCGACAUCCUGCUGAAGGAGUGGAGUGGCUCUGCCCUUCCCGAGGACAUCCACAGCACCUUCAACUCACUCACCCUGCAGUUCGACAGCGACUUCUUCAUCAGCAAGUCUGGCUUCUCCAUCCAGUUCUCAACGUCAAUUGCAGCCACCUGCAACGAUCCAGGUAUGCCUCAAAAUGGCACCCGCUAUGGAGACAGCAGAGAGGCUGGAGACACCAUCACAUUCCAGUGCGACGCUGGCUAUCAGCUCCAAGGACAAGCCAAAAUCACCUGUGUGCAGCUGAAUAACCGGUUCUUUUGGCAACCAGACCCUCCUACAUGCAUAGCUGCUUGUGGAGGGAAUCUGACGGGCCCAGCAGGUGUUAUUUUAUCACCCAACUACCCACAGCCAUAUCCUCCUGGGAAGGAAUGUGACUGGAGAGUAAAAGUGAACCCAGACUUUGUCAUUGCUUUGAUAUUCAAAAGUUUCAACAUGGAGCCCAGCUAUGACUUCCUACACAUCUAUGAAGGGGAGGAUUCCAACAGCCCUCUCAUUGGGAGUUACCAGGGCGCUCAAGCCCCAGAAAGAAUAGAGAGUAGCGGAAACAGCCUCUUUCUGGCGUUUCGGAGUGAUGCCUCCGUGGGCUUGUCGGGGUUCGCCAUUGAAUUUAAAGAGAAACCACGGGAAGCUUGUUUUGACCCAGGAAAUAUAAUGAAUGGGACAAGAAUUGGAACAGACUUCAAGCUUGGCUCCACCAUCACUUACCAGUGUGACUCUGGCUACAAGAUUGUUGACCCCUCAUCCAUCACCUGUGUGAUUGGGGCUGAUGGGAAACCCUCCUGGGACCAAGUGCUGCCCUCCUGUAAUGCUCCCUGUGGAGGCCAGUACAUGGGAUCAGAAGGAGUAGUUUUAUCACCAAACUACCCCCAUAAUUACACAGCUGGUCAAAUAUGCCUCUAUUCCAUAACGGUACCAAAGGAAUUCGUGGUCUUUGGACAGUUUGCCUAUUUCCAGACGGCCCUGAAUGAUUUGGCCGAAUUAUUCGAUGGAACCCACGCACAGGCCAGACUUCUCAGCUCGCUCUCUGGGUCUCACUCAGGCGAAACAUUGCCCUUGGCUACGUCAAAUCAAAUUCUGCUCCGAUUCAGUGCGAAGAGCGGUGCCUCUGCCAGGGGCUUCCACUUCGUGUAUCAAGCUGUUCCUCGUACCAGCGACACCCAGUGCAGCUCUGUCCCCGAGCCCAGAUAUGGAAGGAGAAUUGGUUCUGAGUUUUCGGCAGGCUCCAUCGUCCGAUUCGAGUGCAACCCGGGAUACCUGCUUCAGGGUUCCACGGCGCUCCACUGCCAGUCUGUGCCCAAUGCCUUGGCGCAGUGGAACGACACGAUCCCCAGCUGUGUGGUACCAUGCAGUGGUAAUUUCACUCAGCGAAGAGGUACAAUUCUGUCCCCUGGCUACCCCGAGCCCUACGGAAACAACUUGAACUGUAUAUGGAAGAUCAUAGUUACGGAGGGCUCGGGAAUUCAGAUCCAAGUGAUCAGUUUUGCCACGGAACAAAACUGGGACUCCCUUGAGAUCCACGACGGUGGGGACGUGACCGCACCCAGACUGGGAAGCUUCUCAGGCACCACGGUACCAGCACUGCUGAACAGUACUUCCAACCAACUCUACCUGCAUUUCCAAUCUGACAUUAGUGUGGCAGCUGCUGGUUUCCACCUGGAAUACAAAACUGUCGGUCUCGCUGCAUGCCAAGAACCAGCCCUCCCCAGCAACAGCAUCAAAAUCGGAGAUCGGUACAUGGUGAACGACGUGCUCUCCUUCCAGUGCGAGCCCGGGUACACCCUGCAGGGCCGUUCCCACAUUUCCUGUAUGCCAGGGACUGUUCGCCGUUGGAACUACCCGUCUCCCCUCUGCAUUGCCACCUGUGGAGGGACGCUGAACACUUUGGGUGGUGUGAUCCUGAGCCCCGGCUUCCCAGGUUCUUACCCCAACAACUUAGACUGCACCUGGAGGAUCUCAUUACCCAUCGGCUAUGGUGCCCAUAUUCAGUUUCUGAAUUUCUCUACCGAAGCUAAUCAUGACUUCCUUGAAAUUCAAAAUGGACCUUACCACACCAGCCCCAUGAUUGGACAAUUUAGUGGCACGGAUCUCCCCGCGGCCCUGCUGAGCACAACGCAUGAAACCCUCAUCCACUUUUACAGUGACCAUUCGCAAAACCGGCAAGGAUUUAAACUUGCUUACCAAGCCUUUGAAUUACAGAACUGUCCAGAUCCACCCCCAUUUCAGAAUGGGUACAUGAUCAACUCGGAUUACAGUGUGGGGCAAUCAAUAUCUUUCGAGUGUUAUCCUGGGUACAUUCUAAUAGGCCAUCCUGUCCUCACCUGUCAGCACGGGAUCAACAGAAACUGGAACUACCCUUUUCCAAGAUGUGAUGCCCCUUGUGGGUACAACGUGACUUCUCAGAAUGGCACCAUCUACUCCCCUGGCUUUCCUGAUGAGUAUCCGAUCCUGAAGGACUGCAUUUGGCUCAUUACCGUGCCUCCCGGGCAUGGAGUUUACAUCAACUUCACCCUGUUACAGACGGAAGCUGUGAACGAUUACAUUGCUGUUUGGGAUGGUCCCGAUCAGAACUCACCCCAGCUGGGAGUUUUCAGUGGCAACACAGCCCUCGAAACAGCAUAUAGUUCCACCAACCAAGUCUUGCUCAAGUUCCACAGCGACUUUUCAAAUGGAGGCUUCUUUGUCCUCAAUUUCCACGCAUUUCAGCUCAAGAAAUGUCAACCUCCCCCAGCGGUUCCACAGGCAGAAAUGCUUACUGAGGAUGAUGAUUUUGAAAUAGGAGAUUUUGUGAAGUACCAGUGCCACCCCGGGUACACCUUGGUGGGGACCGACACUCUGACCUGCAAGCUCAGUUCCCAGUUGCAGUUUGAAGGUUCUCUCCCAACAUGUGAAGCCCAAUGCCCAGCAAAUGAAGUCCGGACUGGAUCAUCGGGAGUCAUUCUCAGUCCAGGGUAUCCUGGUAAUUAUUUUAACUCCCAGACUUGCUCUUGGAGUAUUAAAGUGGAACCCAACUACAACAUUACCAUCUUUGUGGACACAUUUCAAAGUGAAAAGCAAUUUGAUGCACUGGAAGUAUUUGAUGGUUCUUCUGGGCAAAGUCCUCUCCUAGUAGUCUUAAGUGGGAAUCAUACUGAACAAUCAAAUUUUACAAGCAGGAGUAAUCAGUUAUAUCUCCGCUGGUCCACUGACCAUGCCACCAGUAAGAAAGGAUUCAAGAUUCGCUAUGCAGCACCUUACUGCAGUCUGACCCACCCCCUGAAGAACGGGGGUAUUCUAAACAGGACUGCAGGCGCAGUCGGAAGCAAAGUGCAUUAUUUUUGCAAGCCUGGAUACCGAAUGAUCGGCCACAGCAACGCAACCUGUAGACGAAACCCACUUGGCAUGUACCAGUGGGACUCCCUCACACCACUCUGCCAGGCUGUGUCCUGUGGAAUCCCAGAAUCCCCGGGAAAUGGUUCGUUUACCGGGAACGAGUUCACUUUGGACAGUAAAGUGGUCUAUGAAUGUCACGAGGGCUUCAAGCUUGAAUCCAGCCAGCAAGCCACGGCUGUGUGUCAAGAAGAUGGGUUGUGGAGUAACAAGGGGAAGCUGCCCGCUUGUAAACUUAUCUCAUGUGGAAGUCUUUCCUUUCCCCCAAAUGGCAACAAGAUUGGAACGUUGACAGUUUAUGGGGCCACAGCUAUAUUUACAUGCAACACCGGCUACACACUUGUGGGAUCUCACGUCAGAGAGUGCUUGGCAAAUGGGCUCUGGAGUGGCACCGAAACUCGAUGUCUGGCUGGCCACUGCGGUUCCCCAGACCCAAUUGUGAAUGGCCACAUUAGUGGAGAUGGUUUCAGUUACAGAGACACUGUGGUUUACCAGUGCAAUCCUGGUUUCCGGCUCGUGGGAACUUCCGUGAGGAUAUGCCUGCAAGACCACAAGUGGUCUGGACAAACGCCAGUCUGUGUCCCCAUCACCUGUGGCCACCCUGGAAACCCUGCCCACGGGUUCACUAACGGCAGCGAGUUCAACCUGAAUGACGUCGUGAAUUUCACCUGUAACACGGGCUAUUUGCUGCAGGGCGCAUCCCGAGCCCAGUGUCGGAGCAACGGCCAGUGGAGUAGCCCUCUGCCCACGUGUCGAGUGGUGAACUGUUCCGAUCCAGGCUUUGUGGAAAAUGCCAUUCGUCACGGGCAACAGAACUUCCCUGAGAGUUUUGAGUAUGGAAUGAGUGUCCUGUACCAUUGCAAGAAGGGAUUUUACUUGCUGGGAUCUUCAGCCUUGACCUGUAUGGCAAAUGGCUUAUGGGACCGGUCUCUGCCCAAGUGUUUGGCUAUAUCCUGCGGACACCCAGGGGUCCCUGCCAAUGCCGUCCUAACUGGAGAGCUGUUUACAUACGGCGCCAUCGUGCGCUACUCAUGCAGAGGGAGCCAGAGUCUCAUAGGCAAUGACACGAGAGUGUGCCAGGAAGACAGUCACUGGAGCGGGGCACUGCCCCACUGCACAGGAAAUAAUCCUGGAUUCUGUGGUGACCCGGGGACCCCAGCACAUGGGUCUCGGCUUGGGGAUGAAUUUAAGACAAAGAGUCUUCUCCGCUUCUCCUGUGAAAUGGGGCACCAGCUGAGGGGCUCCCCUGAACGCACGUGUUUGCUCAAUGGGUCAUGGUCAGGACUGCAGCCGGUGUGCGAGGCUGUGUCCUGUGGCAAUCCUGGCACACCCACCAACGGAAUGAUCGUCAGUAGUGAUGGCAUUCUGUUCUCCAGCUCGGUCAUCUAUGCCUGCUGGGAAGGCUACAAGACUUCAGGGCUCAUGACGCGGCAUUGCACAGCCAAUGGGACCUGGACAGGCACUGCUCCCGACUGCACAAUUAUAAGUUGUGGGGAUCCAGGGACACUAGCAAAUGGCAUCCAGUUUGGGACCGACUUCACCUUCAACCAGACUGUGAGCUAUCAGUGUAACCCUGGCUAUCUCAUGGAACCGGUCACAUCCGCCACUAUUCGCUGUACCAAAGACGGCACAUGGAAUCAGAGCAAACCUGUCUGCAAAGCCGUGCUGUGUCCUCAGCCGCCACCCGUGCAGAAUGGAACAGUGGAGGGAACUGAUUUCCGCUGGGGCUCCAGCAUAAGUUACAGCUGCGUGGACGGUUACCAGCUCUCUCACUCUGCCAUCCUCUCCUGUGAAGGUCGCGGGGUAUGGAAAGGAGAGGUCCCCCAGUGCCUGCCUGUGUUCUGUGGAGACCCUGGCAUCCCCGCCGAAGGGCGACUCAGUGGGAAAAGUUUCACCUAUAAGUCCGAAGUCUUCUUCCAGUGCAAAUCUCCAUUUAUACUCGUGGGAUCUUCGAGAAGAAUCUGCCAAGCCGACGGCAUGUGGAGCGGCGUACAACCUGCAUGCAUUGAUCCUGCUCAUAACACCUGCCCAGACCCUGGUACGCCACACUUUGGAAUACAGAAUAGCUCCAGAGGCUAUGAGGUUGGAAGCACGGUUUUUUUCAGGUGCAGAAAAGGCUACCAUAUUCAAGGUUCCACGACUCGCACCUGCCUUGCCAAUUUAACAUGGAGUGGGAUACAGACCGAAUGUAUACCUCAUGCCUGCAGACAGCCAGAAACCCCAGCGCAUGCAGAUGUAAGAGCCAUCGAUCUUCCUACUUUCGGCUACACCUUAGUGUACACUUGCCAUCCAGGCUUUUUCCUCGCAGGUGGAUCUGAGCACAGAACCUGUAAAGCAGACAUGAAAUGGACAGGAAAGUCGCCUGUGUGUAAAAGUAAAGGAGUGAGAGAAGUUAAUGAAACAGUUACUAAAACUCCAGUUCCUUCAGACGUCUUUUUCGUCAAUUCAAUGUGGAAGGGAUAUUAUGAAUAUUUAGGGAAAAGGCAACCCGCCACUCUAACUGUUGACUGGUUCAAUGCAACAAGCAGUAAGGUGAAUGCCACCUUCAGUGAAGCCUCGCAAGUGGAGCUGAAGUUGACAGGUGUUUACAAGAAGGAGGAGGCCCACUUACUCCUAAAGACUUUUCAAAUUAAAGGUCCAGCAGAUAUUUUUGUAAGCAAGUUUGAAAAUGACAACUGGGGACUAGAUGGUUACGUAUCAUCUGGACUUGAAAGGGGAGGAUUUACCUUUCAAGGUGACAUUCAUGGAAAAGACUUUGGAAAAUUUAAGCUAGAAAGGCAAGAUCCCUUAAACCCAGAUCAAGACUCUUCGAAUCAUUACCACGGCACCAGCAGUGGCUCUGUGGCGGCUGCCAUUCUGGUUCCUUUCUUUGCUCUAAUUUUAUCAGGGUUUGCAUUUUACCUCUACAAACACAGAACGAGACCAAAAGUUCAAUACAAUGGCUAUGCUGGGCAUGAAAACAGCAAUGGACAAGCAUCAUUUGAAAAUCCCAUGUAUGAUACAAACUUAAAACCCACAGAAGCCAAGGCUGUGAGGUUUGACACAACUCUGAACACAGUCUGUACAGUGGUAUAG